UGGUGGAGCUGUGCCUGACCCACGGCCUGGGCCCGGUGGCGUUGGCCAACGAGCUGUUGGCCUUUGUCACCAGCAAGAACUUCGGCGUUGAGCUCUCCAGCAACAGCCUCGACACCUUCGAGCACGAGGUCCUCAUCAAGCGGAGCAGCAGAGCCUCCCAGAAGAGGGACAACCGCUACAGCGUCCUCCACGACGUCCACUCUCUCCAGGAGCUCCUUGACGAGGAAGAGGAGGAUGAGCUGCUGGAUGCCUACACCACACCAUCCAAGAAUUCCCAGAAACGCCCCAAUUCCACACCGGAGACGCCACGGCCCAAGCGGAGCCUCUCUUCCCGCAGCCCCUACGCGCUUUUCUCCCCCAGCAGCUUCUCCCCAAGUGUCACCCCCUCGCAGAAGUACAGCGCACGCAGCAGCCGCGGCGAGGUGGUGGCUUCCUUCGGCUCCAGCCAAGGUCCCUCCUGGAGCGGGCGCGGUGGCCGCGGUUGUACCCUGCGACUCUUCGGUUCUCCGGAGGAAAACUUGACCAAAAGCUACAAAUUCAUGUUCCAAAAAAUAUUUACCAUCCGGGAAGUGUUGUUGUGGAGGAUCGAGGAGCUCGGCGACGCACUCAAGAGUCACCAUCACCUCGAGGACUUCGCCUCCGUGUCGCUCCCGGCACAGGAACCAGUGACCAUGCUGGGCCAGAUCAGCUGCGAUGCCAACGGGAAGCUCAACGCCAAGUCCGUGGUGCUGGAGGGUGACCAGGAACACUCCUCCGGUGGCCAAGUCCAUCUGGACCUCUCGGAGCUGAGGGAAUAUUCCCUUUUCCCAGGCCAGGUGGUGGCGCUGGAGGGGACCAACAGCACCGGGAGGAGGAUGAUGGUCUCUAAACUCUAUGAGGGGGUGCCGCUUCCCUUCCAUAUGCCGCCGGAGCCGGCCUCAGAGCAGCGGAUGGUGCUGGUGGCCUGUGGUCCCUACACCCCAUCUGACAGCAUCAGCUACGACCCGCUCAGCGACCUCGUCACCGUCAUCACCCGCGACCGCCCCGACGUCUGUGUCCUGUUUGGGCCGUUCCUGGAUGCCAAACACGAGCAAGUGGAGAACUGCCAACUCCUGGGGUCUUUCUCUGACAUCUUCAAGCUCUGCCUGAAGAUGAUCAUCGAAGGAACGAGAAGCGCGGGCUCCCAGCUCGUGUUCGUGCCCUCGGCACGUGAUGUCCACCACGACUACAUCUACCCCCAGCCCCCAUUCUGCUGCCCGGAGCUGCCCAAGGAGGACAAGCAGCGUGUGCACUUCGUGUCGGACCCCUGCACCCUGGAGCUGGACGGUGUCGUGCUGGGCCUCACCUCCACCGACCUGCUCUUCCACAUGGGAGCCGAGGAGAUCAGCAGCUCCUCCGGCAUCUCGGACCGGUUCACGCGGAUCCUGAAGCACAUCCUGACACAGAGGAGUUACUACCCGUUGUCCCCCCCCUCGGAGGAGCUGAACAUUGACUACGAGAGCUUCUACAGCUACACCUCGUUACCAGUCACCCCGGAUGUCCUUGUCACCCCCUCUGAGCUGCGGUACUUCAUUAAGGAUGUGCUGGGCUGUGUCUGCAUCAACCCCGGGCGUCUGACGAAAGGGACGGUCGGGGGUACCUAUGGCCGCCUGUACCUCCAGCGGGACGACACCGGGGCCGAGCGCCGGAGCCCGUGUGUAGCCGCUCAGGUUGUGAAGAUCUAA